GUUAUCGACAGUUGCCGUGAACGUCGUCUCACUCGAGAGCAUGGCCACUCCUCCCUGGCACCAGCGCUGUUGGAGCAAUUCUGUGCCAAGGAUUCUCUGCAGCAGCGGCGGGGCCGAGCUGGCCGUGUGCAGAAGGGUUUGUGCUUCCGCUUGCUGCCACGCUCCGCGCACGACAAACUUCCCGCGAACACAACGCCUGAGAUUGAGGCUUUGCCUUUGGAGACUUUGGUCUUACAGGUGCGCGCAGCUGGCUUUGAACCGGGCCCUUUCCUGGCUUUGGCGCCAACGCCCCCCAAGACGUUGGCGGUGUCAGAGGCAGAAGUAGAACUUCGAUUGAUGGGAGCUUUCCGGCAAUGA